AUGCUUGACAUGAUUGAGGAAGAUGAAGAUGAACCCCAAGACAUUAUCGAUGAUGCGCUCUAUUUAUUUAAGCCCCACAUGUUUUUUCGUACUUUCCCUAUUAAAGGCGCUGCAGAUCGCGUUGUUCUGUACGUUACGAUGUAUCUUCAUGAGUGUUUGAAGAAAAUUGUCUUGCUGACGCGUGACGAGGCUAGUGCUGUGCUUCUCAACUAUGCCACAACGUCGUUUGCAUCACCAGGAGAAGAUGAAUUCUUGUUUAACGCCUUUUUCUCUACUGGGACCGAGGCAGAGAAGGAAAAAUGGCGGGAGUACGCAAAGCAACUUCGGUUGGAGGCAACCGUACGCCUUCUUGAGAAGGUAUUUCUUUUUCCUGAGAAGGACGGUACCGGGAGCAAGUUUUGGAUGUCAUUUGCGAAGAGGCCGUUUUUGGCAUCUAGCUAG